UUAGACUGGAGUACCUUUUCAUCAGGGAUACUUCUGACUGGACACAACUUGCGGGAAUCUCUCCUGGCAUGGAUCAACUUAUCUUUAAUCUGAUUUUCUAGAGAUUUUCAUAGAUCUCAUCAAAUCUUAUGGUGGACCUUAUGUUUAAUUUGAGUUUCUUUGUUCAAACUUCUUCCCUUUGGGAUCUCCGCUAAGUUAUACCUUUAUUGACUAAUUCUUCCUGGUAGGUGCUUAUCAGGCUUUGGCAAUGAGUUGUUUCGGUUAUCGUCGAGAGCUGAGUAAGUAUGAAGAUGUUGAUGAGGACGAGCUCUUGGCAUCGCUCAGCCCAGAGGAGCUGGCUGAGUUGGAAAAGGAGUUGGUGGACAUUGAUCCUGAUGCCAACGUGCCCAUUGGACUCAGACAGAGAGAUCAGACAGACAAAACCCCAACUGGUACCUUCAGCAGAGAGGCCCUCAUGAAGUACUGGGAAAAUGAGACCCGUAGGCUUUUGGAGAACGAGAUAGCAGGAGGAAGCCCCAAACUGGAGGAAGAACAAGAAGAUGAGUGUCUGACAGAAGAAAACAGUGAAGAGGAGGAAAAAAAUGAUGAGAAUGAAAAAGAAAGGAAAAAGUUGGACAUUUCAAACAAGGAAAAUCACAAAGAGGAAGAUAGUGAUGAUGAUGAAGAAGAAGAAGAAGAAGAAGAGGAGGAGGAUGAAAGUGAGGAAGAGGAUCCUGUAACUGAAGAGGAGGAUGAUGAAGAAACUAAAGACAAUAGACCAAAACCUGAACCACCAAGAUAUACAAAGCCAGAGACGAUUCAGGCGUUUAAACCAACCCUACUGAGACCUCAGAGGGUGGAGCCCACCAGGCUGACUCCUCCUCCUCCACCAGCUGACCUGAACUCCACUGGAAACCCUACAGUUGUUGAUGACGCUUUGCAACACGUCCUUGAUGAUGAUGCCGAACUCACAGAAGUGAAUCUGAACAACAUUGAUGACAUUAAACAGGAAACUCUUAUCCGAUUUGCUGAAGCACUAAGAUCCAACACCCAUGUUCGAGUCUUCAGUCUUGCAAACACCCGGGCUGAUGACCACGUCGCUCUGGCCAUUGCUAAGAUGCUGAAAGAGAACGCAUCCAUCACCAGCCUGAACAUAGAGUCCAACUAUGUAAGUGGGAAGGGCGUGUUGGCAUUGGUUCAAGCACUUCCAGGGAACAACACCCUCACCGAGCUUCGCUUUCACAACCAGAGGCACAUGUGUGGAGGACAGGUAGAGAUGGAGAUGGUGAAGAUUCUGAGAGAAAACCACACUCUGAUCAAGCUUGGUUACCAGUUUAACCUUGCUGGUCCCAGAAUGAGCAUGACUGGAAUACUGACCAGAAACCAGGACCGCCAGCGGCAGAAACGACUGCAGGAGCAAAGGCAACAACAACAGGGCCAACAGCAAGAUGGAGCCGUCAACCCCAGAACCUCUGCUCUGAGAGGAACACCCAGCUCAUCGCCUUACAGUUCACCCAGGGCCUCCCCUUGGUCCUCACCCAAACUUCCCCGAAACAAUGAGUUGAAAAAGCAGACUCCACCUGCACCUCCUCCUCCACCUCCUCCUCCACCUCCUCCACCACCCCCACCCCCGUUGGUGCCAUCGCAACAGCAAAAGAAUAAACCUACAAGGAUGAUAGCAGAGGUCAUCAAGGCCCACGAGGCAGGCAGCAAGAAGGUGGCCAAACCGAAAGGGAAGAAGGGGAAGAAGGGGAAAGGGACGGCGAAAGAGGAGACGGGCUGCAUCCUGAAGGAGCUCAAGAACGCCCUGAGACCUGUGUCAGUAGAGAGACGAGGGGAGGAGGGCGGCAGCAGGCCAUCGACGCCCAUGAGGUCCGCCCACGACCAGCUGAUGGAGUCCAUCCGCGGCAGCAGCAUCAGGAACCUCAGACGGGUGGAAGUUCCACAUCAUCUACGAUGAGGACGCAGAAAAUAGUGAUCAGCUCUGCACUAUAAUGGUGAUAAUGAGGAUGAUGAUGAUGGAGGAUGAGACCAUCCUAAAUUCCCACCUUGAAAAGAUAAAAACAUAUAUGCUGGGAAUUUGCACUCAAUUUGAAAUAUCUUUACGUUUCAUAAAUAUAUAUAAUAACCCAUUUUUAACGUUUUAUUCUUAAAGUAAUAUGAUUUUUUUAAACCUGAGUAAAUACAGAAUGCAAUUCGUAAAUGAUUAUUUAAUUUAUUAAAAGCAACCUGGCUUUGGAUGAAAGUAAUUUGUUCAUAAAUCUCUUCAAAAUUUGGGGAGGAUGUGAAUUUUUUUAUAUCCAUCAGCCAUAUUGUAUGAUCAGAUAGUUUCUAUUUAAAGAAUAUAUAUUAAAUGUCUAGUUUGAAUGUGAUAAGUUGAACACAGGCCAGGUUGCUUUGGAUAGAUUUCCCCUUAAAAAACAGUGUUUUGUUUAAAUACUCUAGUUCCUUAGCCUGAAAUAUGAUCUUUAACAUUAAAGUGUGACAAGAAGCAAAAACAGCACAAAACCAUCAGGGGGGAAAACAUUGUUUUAACAUUUACGGUCUUCUUAUUCUGAAAUGUUUACUGUUUUCUACAUGUCUAAUUCUUUGUAAGACUGUAAAUAUGUUUUGUUCUUAGUUGAAAUAUGUGUGUUCAAUUCUGAAUAUAUCAUUUGCUUAUUUGUAGCACAAUGGAGGGAGACUUUUCUGUUUGUUCUUUGGUUAUUGGAUGAGUUUUAUCCAAGGGGAGAAAAGUGGACAAGCUGUUAUAAAGAGUUUUUUUUUUUAUGUGUUUUUUUUUAAUUUUAUUCGGAGUGAGUCAGCUUACUGGUAAGGAGCCGCUGAUGCACAGUCCCUCUCAAAGACGUGGACAACACACCCACUCAUCUAGCGUGUUUUUGAGCCGUGUUUUUGCGCACUUUGUCUGAUCAAAUUGCAAUACAGAGCCAGUGGAGAGAAAACAAACUGACGGUGACAUCAGUGCUGAUGCCAGUAUCACCAGCGUCACCUAAAAGGCUUCCUCUUUGUGUUCUUAUGUAAACAGGGAAACGUGCUAAGAUCCUAACACAGUCAGGGAAGCAGUUAAAAAUGCACACAAGAUGUGAUAAAAGCAGUAAAUUUCAAAUGUUAUCAAAGGAUCAGCAGAGGAAACUUUGUUUUGUUACAUUUUAUAAAAACUGGACAUUUUCUAAUAUUGCAAAAAGAGGCUUCGAUUUGUAUUUCAUUUUGAUAAAAAUUAAAUUUCCUUAAAGUUGAUCAAAUAUUAUUCAUGUGUUGUGAUUACGUCAGCUGCCAUAUCUAGGAUUUUGCCAGAGUCUGUUUAUUUAUUUAAAUUGCACAUUUUAUAAGGAGGUUUGCCCUUAAACAUUAAGUUUUUUGUGCUCUGACUGUCGAAGCUCUGUGCAGUUUCCUAAGGGCCUUCAGAAAGACAAGAAUAUGAGCUUAUGGGUCUGAUAAGGGUAUCUAUAUUUCAGCUAAAGGUUUUCAUUUUAUAGACAAACUCUUAGGGCAACAAUUUUAUCCUCCUUCAGAGAUAAUCUAUUUUCUUUAAAAAGAGCUGAUUUUCCUUAACUCUGUUAUAUUUUGCAAAUGUUAUCCCUUUUUGGAUAAAAAAAAAUCUUACAUUUGAGUAAAUUUCACUCAGACAAAUUUCCUUUUUAAGCGCUGCUCUGUAGUUUGAUGGUUUCCCUCUAGAUUUUCCUAAAAGAUGUGCACCUAAAAUGAUUACCUUCUGUAAUAAAUACAGUGAGCCACUGUGGCACCAUCUCUGGAUUUAUCCAAAACUCAUUCCUGACACGUUCCUGCUCUCUAAGUGAAUGUUACCUUAUAUUGAAGGUGAGAUAAACUUGGGUGUUU